AUCAUUAUUCAUCAAUAAUAUUCACAUUCGAAGAAUGAAAAAAUUUCGAAAAAAUCUUUUCGCCGCCAAUACAAUCCAUCCUUAUUAUCGGGGCCGUCGAAAACGAAGACGAAUAAAUGAUGAUGAUGAUCGUAAUGAAGAUGUAAAUAAUUUACCAAUACAAUCAUCAUUUUUCAUGUCCAUCACUAUCAUCAUUCUCAUCAUCGGUUUGAUAUUAAUCAACGUUGUAACAUCAUUUCCAUCAUCAUCAUCAUCGAUAACGCCAAACGAAUUCGAAUCAAAUAAUCCAUGUUUAUCAUUCAAAAUGAAUUAUAGUUUUGAUUUUGCAUUCAAUCAGAUUAUAACGGCAAAUAAAUAUGAUCCAAAUAAACGGCUUUAUAAUCAUUAUAUUUAUACGCAGAAAAAAUUUUUAAAAUUAUAUUUUGACCAUUCGGAUCGUUUACAAGUGAAAUCGAUUGAAUUUCAACAACAGCAGCAGCAGCAGCAACAACAAAGUUCCACAGAACAUGAUGAUGAUUAUUUACAAAAUUUUUCCGGUGAUUUUGGUUUCAGUCUACAUAUGGCUGAACCAAUGACAUCGAAAAUUUGUUCAGCACGUAUUCAUCAACGUUUUAUUACAUGUUUAGAUUUAAUAUAUCGUAAUAUAUCGAAUGCAUAUAUAAUGAAUAGUGAAACAUUUCUAUUCGAAAUGGAUCAUGAUUUCCGUCCAAGCAUUGCAUUUCAACAUAUUGGCUAUGAUCAUUAUGAGCCAAGCCGUUUUAUGGUGAUAUUUUUGGAACAAAAUCUUCAAUUAAUUAAUAAUCAAAGUGAUAAACAAACAACAACGACGACGACGACGACAUUGCAACAAAAAAGACAUUUUAAUCGUCGUUGGCAAGUAUAUUCAUUUGCAACAAUGGAACGUAUCGUAAAUCUAACAUAUAGUGCCAUUUUACCGGAAUAUUUGCAUCAAAUACCGUCUGAAUUUGAGAUUACCGGCGUUUUUGGUUGGACACGUAAAGACGAUUAUUAUGAUGAAUAUAUGAUUAUCGUUUUCAAUGGAAUCGAUCACCUUUAUUGUUUGAAUGCAGCUUGUUCAGAAUCAAAUCAAUAUCAACCAUUUAUGGCCGAAUGUCGUGCACCAGAAUCAUUAAUAGCAUUGAAUCAACAAUCAUUGAAUCCAAAAUUUCAACAACAAGGUCUUGUCGUUACAAAAUGUUGUGGUCAAUGGGAAGAAUUUUCAAAAAAUGGUCAACAAAACAAUAAUGGCGAUGACGAAGAUGAUGAUGAUAGCCAAUGGCAAAUUCGUGAUGGAAAACUAUAUCGUAUACGUUCGGCACGUUCAACCAAUCUGAAUUAUGUUAUAUGGUCAUUGAUUAUUCUUGGAUUGUUAAUUUUAUUAUUAGCAAUAUGUUGGCUAUAUAGCUGCAUUAAUGAAACUAGAUUUCGUAAUGAUGAUGAUGAUGAUCAUCAUCAUCAUAAUCAUCCAAUGAAAAUGAAAAAAAUUUUGCUGACAAAUGAUCAUGGUGUAUACACUCUACAAUUGUAUUCCAUAAGAAUGUCAUUCGUUGGAAAAUUUUGUUCGAAAAAUCCGAAUGCUUAG